UGCGCGAUGGUCGACGGAGGAGCCACCGAGUAUGUGCCCAAGACGCCGCCGCUGCGCCUGCGCCCCAAGCUCGGGACGAGCAAGAAGAAGCUCAGCCGAGUACCCCAGGACCAAGUAGCUACCAUGGCGCGCAAGUACGCUGGCGACAACCAGGCCGACGACGCGCCAGGCCCCGACGCGACCCCGAAGCGCCUCCAGUACGCGCUCGCCGCCGCCAAGAUCCAGCGCGCGUGGCGAGGCCAUGCGGCCAAGGCGCUGCGCGUGCGUCUCCAAGGCCAGAUUGGGCGGCCCGCGCAGCUGCAGAUCCACGGCCUCGAUACGUCGGCCAAGUGGCUGCGCAUGGGGCUCAUCUGCCUCAUUACGGUGCUGCGCCGCCCGUAUGGACCACGCAUGUACACGUACAAGACGGAGGUCUCGCGCGAGGCCAAGAUCUCGCACGCGCCUUUCUUUGUCCCGAUCAUGUCGAGCAACUAUGACGUGAUUGUGACGGUCGCCGCCGAGGGCUCCAAGGCGCAGAACCCGAUCUUCCUCGGACAGGCCGUGCUCGCAGUGGCCGACGACUGGGCGCAGCCCGUCAACUUUCGCUCGACAUACGUGCCGUUUGGCGCGUACCGCAUCCCGAUCGACGCGCCGCUGCAGCAGACAGAGCGCACGGUCGAAGGGCGCGUCGAACUGAGCCUCGUGCCCCUCAACCCGUCCAUGUCGUCGUUUGCGGGCCAGAUGUUUAUGCGCCCGUCCGUGCUCUCCAAGACGCUCGCAGCCGUCCGCCACCGCGUCGGGAAGCUGUACAUGCGCAGCGGCAUGUCGUACGAGAGCUCGCUCGCGUGGUGCAAGGACGCCGAUCACUGUGAGUGGGGUGUCUUGACCGAGACGCACCUGUCGCUCUAUCAUCCCGGCGGCCUCACGCCGUACAAGAUGUUUGACCUGCGCCGGAUCCAGCUCGUCCGCGACAAGAACGCCAAGCUCGACACGGCUGGCAUGAUGCACUUCAAGACGACGCGCUGGCCGCUGCAAAUCUACCAUGACGGCACCCUCCAUACGUUUUACAUCAACUCCAAGUACGAGAAGACCCAGUGGAUCAACCGCAUCGACGGCAAUCGAAGGAAAUUGCUCGUGCCGUGACCACAACUCUCUG